GGGAGCGAGGUGACACACUGGCAAGUGACCGAGCGGCUGGAAGGCAAGCCAAGGCGCGGAGACCAGGUAAGGACGCAUGAAGCGAGCAGUGAAGGAAGGAAGGAGAAGGAAAAGGAAGAGCAAGGAAGACGAGUAGGAGCAGGAGACUUAGGGUUUAGAAAGUCUUGUUGGAGUAUCUCGUAUUUCGACCGAUUGCUCACCGCAUUGCAACAGGGACACACCAUCACCAUCACUGUCGUCUCGUCACGGAGGCGUCGUAGGAUUUGGGUAGGGGGAGGGGGGGUUUGCGGGAUGCCGGAGGAGGGCGGGGGAGCUGACACCCCCAGCGCGCCCGCCGAGGCAGAGGGGAAUGGUGCGGGAGGGGAGAUCAGCAGAGUGUUUCGGGAGGCGUCCGCGGUGGCCACCACCAGCAACGCCACCACGGGUGCACACGGGGAGGAUGUAGUGCAGACAGCUAGGAGUCUAAUGCGCCGGAUCGUAGCGGAGCGUGACUCGCCCAACCCAUCGCUCUUGCAUUCCCUGGCUGCGAUUCUGGAGCAGGAAGAAGCUAGGUAUGAACAGUAUACAGGGCACCCCUAUUCCAACAAUUCACGGUCUUCACACUUGAUAGGGCGCCUUGUUAACUUAUUCAGGGAGGAUGAUGAUUUUUUUGAGCUGCUGUCCAAAAGACUGUUGGUUGGGCCAGUGCAUUCUACGAUGGUUCGUGCAGCUGCAGUUAGGCUGUUGCUUGCCUGCGUUUCGAGCUGGCUGUAUCCUCAUGUGUUUGAAGAAGAAGUCCUUGUUAAUAUCAAACGGUGGGUAACGGAGGACUCACCGAAAGAUAUAGCGAACAGCAGGGCAUCUAGAAGUAAGAGGACCAAGGAUGCUGAUGCAGUCCAUCGUGAGAUGUUGAGGACCUAUUCAACCGGCCUUCUCGCAGUAACUCUGGGAGGGUCUGAUGUUGUGGAGGAUGUACUUACGACGGGUAUGGUAGGUCAGCUUAUGCACUACCUGCGCGUUCGUGUACUGGGAGAUGCGUCUGCAGAAGCGAAUACCGAAAGUAAGACAAAUAUAGGAAUGAGUGGAAGCAGGGGAAGGGAUGAAGCUAGAGGGCGAGUUAGGCCACUUCUAGAUGUAUCAAGGAUGGAAGAUCUUCGUGUUUCUGACAAAGUAUCCGAUGAGCAAAGAACAGAAAGGGGUGGUGAAAUGUUGGUUGAUGCUAUAGGAGAGAAGAAAGAUAACGAGGAAGCUGUCCAGGAGGAUGCUGAGAACUUAGAAGGAACUCCAGACCUGAGUCUCUGUACAUAUGAUGCCGAUGAAGAUGGGGACGAGUGUAUGAACGAAGAUAAAAGGCGUAGAAAAGAUAGGCGAGAAGCUAAAACUAGGACAGCAGAGUGGUUGAAUAGUACUCGUCCACUGCAAGAAGAUGAAAAUGAAGAGAUGAGUAGAGCAGAGCCGUCAAAACGCAGGAUUGACGUCCACAGAGUAGGCGGAAAAGGAAGAGGAAAAGGAAGACAUAGUGAUGGCGCUGCAGAAUCUGAAAGAGGCCAAUCAUUAGCUCCAACAUCAGCUCCAACAUCAGCUCGCAAAGAAAGUGGUCACAAGAGCAGGGGAUUAUCCUCAGAGAAAACUUCUAAAUUGACAGGAAUUGGGUCUGAGGCUCCGAGGGGUGGAGUUAAGGAUGACAGUGAUUCGGAGAACCAAACAAUUCAGUGCGUCUUGGUUGGUAAGGCGGAUAUCUCACUGUCCAUGCGAAAGGCCAUGCGAGCAGCUCAAGCCGAAGCGAGGACAGAAAAUGCUCCCUGGGAAGCUGUAAAAGCAGCCGGAGAUGCUGCUGCUGACCUUGUUAGAGCAGCUGCCACAGAGGUUCUCGCAACCACAGACAAAGAGGAAGAUAUAUUGGCAGCAGCAAAUGAAGCAGCUCUUACAGUUGUGGAUGCUGCUCUUUCAUCCACUGUCACAAGAGAACAGCUGGAAAAGAAAAAGAUGGCCAUGGAAGAAGCUAAAAAAGUAGCAGAAAUCGAGUCUAAGAAAGAACAGGAAAAUGAAGUGGGAGAUGAAGGGCAAAGUGGUGUGGAUAUGGAGGCAUUAGCUGCACUUAGGGAACGUUAUUGCGUACAGUGUCUUGAAAAGAUGGGGGAGUAUUUGGAAGUGUUGGGUCCCGUUUUGCAUGAAAGAGGUGUCGACGUUUGCUUGGCCCUACUUCAACGGCGGCCAAUCGAUAAUAACUACAAAGACUUGGCAGUGCUUUCAGAUGUACUGAAAUUGAUAUGCGCACUUGCUGCACAUCGAAAGUUUGCUGCUCUUUUUGUGGAUCGAGGUGGUGUAGAGCAGCUUCUUGCUACUCCUAGAGUGUCUCAAACUCUUACGGGCAUCUCUCUUUGUCUGUUCGCACUUGCAUCGCUGCAGGGCGUGAUGGAGCGAGUCUGUACUUUGCCAGCACCAGUGGUUCAGGAUGUUGUUGCUCUCGCACUUCAUCUUUUAUCUUGUCCACAGGAUCCAGCUAGGCGCAAUGCUGCUUUGUUUUUUGGAGCGUCUUUUGUUUUCCGAGCAAUUUUGGAGGCCUUCGAUGGUCAAGAUGGGUUGCGUAAAAUAGUCAAUUUGUUGCGGAAUACAGCUUCUUUGAGAUCAGGAGGGUCAAGCAACUCAGGCACUGCUGCAACAUCAGCAGGUUCACGUGAUCGGACGUUGGCAUCGGCUGAAGUUUUGACAUCAAGUGGGAAGCAGAUUGCUUAUCUUACGUGUGUUGCACUACGGCAAUAUUUUCGGGCCCAUUUGCUAUUGUUGGUUGACUCUUUAAGACCUAGUAGAGGUCACAAGGGUGGUUCACGAAACGGGCCCAACGGGAAAGCCACAUACAAACCUCUUGACAUCAGCAAUGAAGCAAUGGACACAAUUAUUGUCCAACUGCAAAGAGAUCGAAAAUUAGGACCUGCUUUUGUCAGGUCGCGUUGGCCUCCACUUGAUGCAUUUAUGCAGUACAAUGGUCACAUUGUUCUCCUAGAACUUACCCAGCAAGCAGCACCUGGAGAAAGGUACUUGCAUGAGAUAGUGCAGCAUUCUCUUGGAGUUCUGCAAAUUGUGACGUUAGUGCCUUACACACGACGAUUGAUUAUUGACUCUACGCUAAGCAACGAACGAUCUUUUAUGGCUGUUGUUCUCGAUGCGGUUAGUGGAGUUGCUUUUUGUGAUCCUGAGGUGAUUCAAACAGCUCUUCUUGUAUUGGCCAAUCUGGUUUGUCCUCCUCCUUCGCUUUGCAGUCGGCCCAUGGCAGCUGCUGCCACUCCCGCACAGUCUCAACAGGCCCAAUCAAGUCAAGGUGGAGCUGGGAGUUCUUCUCAAGCAACAACUGUGGGUACAGGCACAGCAGUGAAUCUAGAAAGUAAGGGUUGGACUGGUAGAGCAGAAAGCAACGUUGACAGAAAUGGAGGAGCCCAAGGGGCUUCAGGUCCAAGCGCUUUUGGGGCGGGGGUUGUCGGAGAUCGGCGAAUUUCCCUGGGGCCAGGUGCUGGUGGUUCCGGCUUGGCAGCGUACAUGGAACAGGGUUAUCGUUAUGCCCGUGAAGCAGUACGGGCAAACAAUGGAAUCAAAGUGUUGCUUCAUCUGCUUUACCCGAGGACUGUUCUUCCCCCUCCUGCCUUGGAUUGUAUACGAGCCCUUUCCUGUCGAGUUUUAUUGGGCUUGGCUCGAGAUGACACCAUUGCGCAUAUUCUUACCAAAUUACAGGUAGGGAAGUUACUCUCAGAGUUAUUGCGAGAUGGUGGUAGUCAGGCUGGCCGUCAAGCUAGUGCAGGUGGUAUUGGUGGGGAGCAAGGGAGGUGGCAAGCGGAACUUAGCAGAGUGGCUCUGGAGCUCAUUGCGAUUGUUACCAACGUGGGGCGUGCAAAUACUGCAGCAGCUAGUGAAGCAGCAGCACCUACUCUACGACGAAUUGAAAGAGCAGCCAUUGCUGCAGCCACACCUAUAAGUUAUCACCCCAGGGAGUUGUUACAGCUUAUUCAUGAGCAUCUAAUUGGAUCAGGACUCCCGAGUGCAGCUGCUGCAUUGCUCAAAGAAGCAAAUUUGAAACCUUUACCUUCUCUUUUACCUCCGACUUCUCUUGUACUCCCAGCUUCAUCGACUGAAGUAGUCAAAAACGUUAUGCAGUGGCCUGCUGGACGAGUUAACGGCGGAUUUCUUGGAGGCGGUUCGAAGAAACCUGCCAAGGAUGAGGAUGAUGCGAGCAGUUCUCAAUCUCUUCCUUCUUCCCGCAAAAAGCCAGCAUUCUCAACUUCUUUGACAUCUGGUGGGAAGUCGGGUUCAGCUAUAGCUUCGCUGAGAAAGUCUCAGAGCGUGAAAGAAAACCGCAGUCGACUUGAUACCCAGGAUUAUUUCCUCAGCCAAGGGAAGCCCAGAGAUGAUACAGAUAGCAUUUUCAAAACACCUGGAGCAUAUCGCAAUCUACCUGUCUCCGGCAAGCGUAAAAGCGGUGAAAGGGACAUGCCUCCAUUAUCCCCAACAAGUAAGCGGAUGGCUUUUACAGAUCCUUUCAUGGCAUCACCUUGUGUUACUCCUGGCCAUGCACCCUUGAAGACAAAUUUUGUUGACGUUUCCGCACCUGUUCAAUCUACCCCAGCUCCCUCAACUAGUGAUUUCACUCCUGCCAAAUCAUUUUUUGGACAGUACGGUUUGCCUGAGAAAGUAGAUACGGCAAACUUGCAAACUGACUCAUCGACUUUUGAUUUUCAGCAUUCACCCUACGUUCCUUUUAAACAAUAUCUCAAUACCCCGGGCUAUUCCCUUGUCCCAUCAACAGGUGGUCUGUUAGAACCUCGCACCAAUACUACGGAACAUGCAACACUUGACUCACUUGUGGUCCAGUAUCUGAAACACCAACAUCGUCAGUGUCCGGCUCCCAUUACUACCCUUCCUCCUCUAUCCCUUCUUCACCCACAUGUUUGCCCAGAACCUAGUAGGGCACUUGAUGCUCCUUUAAAUACCGCUUCAAGGCUAGCUGUGCGCCAGAUUAGUCCACCUUAUGGAGGUAUGCAUGGACGAAGACGAGAUCGGCACUUUGUAUACAGCCGGUUUCGUCCCUGGCGCACAUGCCGUGAUGAUGCAGUUCUUCUUACUGCUAACACCUUCCUAGGUCAUGCGUCCUGUCUUGCUAUUGGUAGUCUUGCUGGAGAUAUUCGACUAUUCGAUUCAAGUUCAGGAAACAUCUUGGAGGUGCAAUUGAUGGGACACAACUCACCAAUCACGGCUUUGCAAUCUGCUCCACAUUGUCUGGCUGGAAACGACACACGAGUGGGGCAGUUACUGUUGUCUUCUGCCAGCCAUGAUGUUCGAUUGUGGGACUCCUCCAAUCUUGGCAAUGGGCCUUUGCACGCUUUUGAUAGCUGCAAAGCAGCAAGAUUUAACCAUGCAGGAAGUAGACUUGGCGCUAUCACUUGUGAGUCCCCUCACAAAGCAGUCCUGCUGUACGAUGUUGGCUCUUACAGGUUGGAGCAAAGGUUGUCUGACAGUUCAAUAAGUCAGUCAGGCUUGCCACGCAGCCAUACGCAAUCAAUUGUCCACUUUAGUCCUGACGAUGUCUUGGUCCUUUGGAGUGGAGUAUUGUGGGAUCCCCGAGUCCAACGUGCAAUUCAUAGAUUUGACCAGUUCACUGACUACGGUGGAGGUGGCUUCCAUCCUGCCGGAAAUGAGGUCAUCAUCAAUUCAGAAGUCUGGGAUUUACGUUCGUAUAAGCUUCUGAGAAGUGUACCAUCUCUGGACCAAACUGCCAUAACUUUCAAUACAACGGGCGAUGUCAUCUAUGCAACACUACGUCGUAACUCAGAUGACAUCAUGACCGCACUUAAUCCACGUAGGAUGCGGCACCCUUUAUUCAGUGCUUUCAGAACUAUGGAUGCAGUGGACUACUCUGACAUCACUACUACAAUUGUGGACCGUUGUGUCCUUGACCUUGCGACCGAACCCACAGACUCUUUCAUCUCAAUAGUAGCAGUUGAAAGUAACGACGAAAUGGAUUCAUUCGCUAGGCUGUAUGAAGUAGGGAGGAGGCGUCCCACUGAUGAUGAUUCAGACCCGGAUGAUGGGGGAGAGACAGAGGAGGAAGAAGAUGAUGAGGAUGAUGACGAUGACGACGGUGACCUUCACGAAGACGACGACAUCGAUCUCAUAAGUAACGACAAUGAUGAGAACAGUGAAGAAGAUGAUGGGGACGAAGCUGGGGACAACGAUAGUAUUUCUACGGAUGACGAUUUCAGUGACGAUGGUCUUGGGGAGGGGGACUUGGAACUUAUCUCCGACGGUGACGAUGGUCCUAGGGGUACGUUUUCAAGUGACGAUGGCUCCGGGGGCGAGUUCGGACAAGAUGCAUUUGAUGAAUUUAUGGGAGGAUUUCUCUCAUAAGGACGAUUGCGCUUUGAGAUCUCAUAAAGGCAUAAGUAUAGUAGGUAUGAGUACGUGGCAUGUUCCCCUUCCUGUAUCUUCUGGCUCUUGCACAUGCUGAAGAGUUUUCCUUAGGUAUGGAGGAAUCUCCUCUGCUGAAUGUAUACACAUAGCAAGAAUAUGUAUCCUUCAAUAGGGUAGGAGUCCUUUGUAAAGUACGUGUGUUUGUUGGUUGCAUCAGAAGUGGUGCACAAGUAUCAGAUGAAUGUAGAAGUACGAGUUCUAGCUUAAGUGCGAGUUCUUGGUGCGAUAACGUCGGUUCGUGAGCAUAAAUGACUUCUCAAAUCUGUGCGUUACAUUUUUGUCCUCACCAUUACUUCGCUCCUGAUAUUAUUAGCUCAGGUCUGGUGAUAAUUAAGCAAAUGCUCAAACAAUUUGAGCGACUGGCUAGCUUUUAAGAUUUUUUUAUUCCAAUACUGUCCAUAAAACUUGGUGAAUCGAUGAAGUUAUUUACCUUGA